AUGAACCCCAACAGGUGCCCGCAGGAGAGCCCCGAGGGAGAAGCGGGAAGAGCCGGGUGGAAGCCCAAGGCCAGAGAUGCUUUCAAAGACAUUGCUGUCUACUUCUCCCGGGAAGAGUGGGCAGAGAUGGGACAAUGGGAGAAAGCCCGGUACAGGAACGUGAAGAGGAACUACGAAGCACUGCUGCACAUAGGUCUCAGAGCCCCUCGACCAGCUUUCAUGUGUCACCGCAGGCAGGCCGCCAAACCCCAGGUGGAAGACGCUGAGGACUCUGAUGAAGAAUGGACUCCAAGGCAGCAAGUCAAACCUUCUUGGGUGUCCUUCACAGUGGAACAAAAUCAACACCAGAAGGCAAUGUCCAGGACACCAUUAAGUAAUGAAUCUAGUUUGAAGGAAUUGUCAGAAACAGGAAAUUUGCUGACCAAAAAUGGCUCAGAGCAGGCCCAGAAACCAGUGUCCCCUUCUGGAGAAGCAAGUACCUCUGGACAUCACUCUAGACAAAAACUGGAACUAAGAAGAAAGGAGAUUGAAGUUAAGAUGUAUAGCCUACGAGAAAGAAAGGGCCAUGUGUACCAAGAGGUCAACGAGCCCCAGGACGAUGACUACCUCUAUUGUGAAAAGUGUCAGAACUUCUUCAUUGACAGCUGUGCUGUGCAUGGACCUCCUACAUUUAUAAAAGACAGUGCAGUGGACAAGGGGCAUCCCAACCACUCAGCUCUCACUCUGCCCCCUGGACUGAAAAUCAGAGCAUCGGGCAUCCCUGAAGCUGGGCUUGGAGUGUGGAAUGAGGCAUCUGAUCUGCCAGUGGGCCUGCACUUUGGCCCUUACGAGGGCCAGAUCACAGAAGAUGAAGAGGCAGCCAACAGUGGAUACUCCUGGCUGAUCACCAAAGGGAGAAACUGCUAUGAGUAUGUGGAUGGAAAGGAUGAAUCCUGGGCCAACUGGAUGAGGUAUGUGAACUGCGCCCGGGAUGAUGAAGAGCAGAACCUAGUGGCCUUUCAAUAUCACAGGCAGAUUUUCUACCGAACCUGCCAGGUCAUCAGGACGGGCUGUGAGCUGCUGGUCUGGUAUGGGGAAGAGUACGGCCAAGAGCUGGGCAUCAAGUGGGGCAGCAAGUGGAAGACAGAGCUCGCGCAGAACCAAAGCCAUAUAUCCACCCAUGUCUAUUCUGCUUUAUGGCCUUCUCCAAUCAGAAAUUCCUCAGCCAGCAUGUGAAACACAAUCACCCCUCUGAGAUUCGACCAGGAACAUCUGCAAGAAAACACCUCCAAUCAGAGGAACACUGCCCAGAUCAGAAUCAGCAGCAGCAACAUAUUGAUACACACAGCUGGAAUGACAAAGCUGAAGGUCAAGAGGUCAAAGAAAGGUCCAAACCUUUUCUUAAAAGGAUCAGGCAGAGGAGAAUUUCAAGGGUCUUUUGCAAUCCUCCUAACAGACAACUGGGGAGCUCUAUUGAGCAUGAGAGAAUGA